AUGUCACCCAAAGAAUAUAUACCAGGAGAUACAGUAUUUGCCAAACUAAAAGGGUAUCCUUGGUGGCCUGCUAGAGUUGAAAAUGACAAAGACAUCCCUGCAAAGAUAUUAAAACAGAAGGGUAAAUCUAAAGGAUUAUUAUACACUGUCUUUUUUUAUGGCUCCAGAGAUUAUGGUUUUUUUGGUCCUGAUUGCGUUCGUCCAUUUGAUCGUGCAACGGUUGAACGUGAUUUAAAGGCAAAGAAGUUCAAGACAAAGGAUUUAGAAACGGCUAUUCAUCAAGCACUAGACCCUUCCAUAUUAAAAGCACAAGAAGAAGAGGAAGACGACGAGGAAGAAGAGGAGGAAGAAGAGGAAGAAGAGGAGGAAGAGGAAGAAGAGGAAAAACCAAAGCGAAAGGAACGAAAGAAACCUGUUGACAAAAAGAAGAAAGCAACGAGUACCACCAACACAAAAAAUGAGGAACCUGUUCAUCCUCCUGCCAUCGAAUUAGAAUUGUUUAAAAAGACACCUGAAUACAAGAGAAUCUAUCACAUUAGACAUAAACUUCAGAAACUGGUGUAUGAAAAGAAACCUGGUGAGAUCUUAAAGGAUGAUUUUUAUAAGGUAUCACAGGUGGUGAAGGAGAUUGAGGAUUCGCAUAUGAGUUACGACUUAUUAAGGUAUACCAAGAUUGGAAAGGUGGUAAAGUUUGCUUGCUCCUAUGAUUACGAUAGCGACGAAUACAAAAUUAACCAACGUUGCCAACAAUUAAUGAAGAACUGGAAAUCAUUAAUCAUUCCAGAGGCUACUCGUGGUGCAUCUGCUGAGCAGACUGAACAACAUCAAUCAUAA